CAGGUAGGCUGGCAUGUUUAACAGUGGGUAAUGCUAUGUAUACUUUCUUAAAGGGAAUUACCACAUACAAAGGUUACUUUCAUGAACAAAAUUCAUUUUCCAUAAAACCCAGUAACCUGAGAGUUCAUCUAAGGUGGAGGAUGACUGCAGACACAAUGGGAUCAGCACUAGAAAUCAGUUUGUUCUGCUAAUCUGGCUGUGCGCUCCCAUCCACCCGGCCCCUGUUCCGGAGUACUUCUUCAUGGAAGGCGCAGAGUUCAGACGAGCGCUGAAGCAGAGCCAGAGUCUCGUCAACAAAAUCCUGGGCGACAUCCGUGCAGCGGACAAGGCGCCCGUCAACUCCGAGCCCAACAGUGAGCCAAAAAACCUGGAUUAUAUGGUGACAGUUCUAGCAAUCCCAUCUGCCCCAAUGCUGGAGGAAAUCUCUGCCAGCUUCACAGUGAAAAUGUGUCUAGACCGAAUGGCUGAGGGACUUGAGAUGUACCAAGACCUUCUGAAGGUCGUUGGUGACCGAGCAUCCUCUCCAGAAAAGCUGAGAGAUCUUCAGGCUGACGUCAGAGACCUUUCAGCUCAGAUCCACAAGAUGCGUCAGCUGGCUGAAAUGGAGACCACAGUGCAGUACAAAGACUCAGGAUUGGACUCCCGUCUUACUGGGGAUUAUGAGGUCCAAGUUGCCACCCAUCGGAUCCUGGCUCAGCUGAGGGACUUUACUCAGAACUUUUUCCGCAGUCUGCGGGACAUGGCCAAGGAGAAACCGGGCCUAGCAGUGUGAGGUGGGGGUGUCUCCUGAAGAGCUACCUCAGCUCGAUAAAUACUUAUUACCAAACUGCUCGGAAAUUAGAUUUGAAUUAAGAAGAAGAAAAUCAGCUCAACAUGUUUUCUAACCCAUGGAGGAUGUUUUCCGUCUAUAUUUCCUUCAUUUCUUCGGUGUUUUUGAUAUUGUACCUAAUGAUUGAAAAUUUAUUUAUUUGUUUUUUAUUUAUCUUUAUUUAUUUUGCAUUUUUAUUUAUUGCAUUUUAUUUAUGUUCAUCUUUGUUAUGCUCACAAAUUUCAUGAAAUGUAAACAGAAAUCAGAAUAGGUCAGUAGGAUAAAAUUGCUGUUAGCAUUCUGUAAAAUGGACAGUAACUGUCCUGUAUUUUCAUUCAGCAGUUGCUUUUUAGUCAAGGUGACUUAGACAACUUGGCCCUUAAAUGGCCACAUAUUUUAUUGACGAAGUUGAGACAUUUUGAUGAGAAGUCCUCCAGCAGACCACCCCCUGGAACUCCACCAGCCUUCAGUCCAUUUUCACCAUGACAGCAUGCCUCCAGAUCUUUUGUAUUACGCAAUAUUUUGUUUAUCCUCCAUAAUGAUGACACAUUCAACCUCUGCUGGAGGAAAGUUACAGUAGUGCCCUGAGGGCAGAAUUCUGACAGUCAGUAGUAUCUACUAAAUCAGUCCACUGGGCUAAUCUGUGAAAUGUUUUCAUUAUAAAACCAUUUUAUGCAUAUAAUGUUGUAUAUAUAUAUGCUGUAUUUAACUAUUUAUAUACAAGUAGUAUUGAUUGUUUUGCCUGUCCCUUCUUUAUAAAUAAAUGACAAAAAAGCCCAGAAAUCUUGCCUCUAUUGC